UCGCCUCCAGCUUUCUGGCGAUCUUCUAAACGGAGAAGUAGCCCAAACAAAGGGUCGUUUCUCUCCCCAGCCUGUUUUUCCUCUUCCAAGGCUCCGCGGAAGGACUGGACUAUUUGAGGGCCAACAAGGCGUUUGAGGCCUGGCUGUGAGAGUACUGCCUGCCCUCUCUGGAACUGGAAAGAAUCACUCGGCCUACACUGAGCUCUGUGCAGAGGGGCUCGAGCACUGCCAACAUGCCCAUUUUAAAGCAGCUGGUGUCAAAUUCUGCAAACUCCAAACGUCGGUCUCGGGUGGAUCUGACAGCAGAGAUGAUCAGUGCUCCCCUGGGCGAUUUUCGUCAUACCAUGCAUGUGGGCCGUGCUGGUGAUGCCUUUGGUGACACCUCUUUCCUGAACAGCAAGGCUGGUGAGGGUGAACAGGAAGCGGCUGAGGAGACCAGUUCUUCAUCCAAAUCCGGCCUGCUGUCACGCAAGUUCCGCAGUAGCAAGCGGUCUCAGUCUGUGACACGUGGCGAACGACGGGACAUGCUGGGCUCUCUGAGGGACUCUGCUAUUUUUGUGAAGAAUGCCGUUUCCCUCCCUCAGCUCACUGAGAAGGAAGCAGACAAGACCGGUGGGAAACAGCUUCCCAAGAGCCUCUCCUCCAGUCCCGUCAAGAAAGCACCUGAGGAGAGAAGCCCUGAGGAGAGACACAUGAAUGGCGCUAUGGCAGCCCCCAGCUCAGGACCCCACAGCCCCGGCUUGGAAGAACGGGACUUUGGUGACAUAACCGACUUGCCCCUGGUGAUGCACAAGAACAACUAUGGCCUGAAGCAUGCAGAGUCCAUCAUGUCCUUCCAUAUUGACCUUGGGCCCUCCAUGCUGGGGGAUGUCUUGAGCAUAAUGGAUAAGGACCCAUGGGAGCAAGAAGAUUCCGGUUACCAAGGGGCAGAGGAGUCCCAAAGAGAGGCAGGUCCUGUGGAGGAAUCGGCAGCACACUGGCUUAGCCAGGAAAGCAAACUUGCACAAGAAUCCUUGGCUCAUUGUAACGAAAACAGAGCAGCGACGUACAGUCCUGGCUCAGCCCGCAGCACAACAAGUCGUCUGACAAUGGACAGCAGUUCCGUUUCCAGCUGUGCAUCUGUGGGGGAAGAACAGCGGUGCUUUGCCUCCAGAGGACAAAACCACGGCAUUCCAGAGGAUGUGAGGCAGGAGGCUUCUAAACAGCCAGAUAAAGAAUUCUCCUUCAUGGAUGAAGAAGAUGACGAGAUAAGAGUAUAAGGAAAAGUUGUUGGAGGCUUUAAACUUGGAGACGCAACCACGUGCAACUGAUUUUGCAAUAAAUGACAUCUUUCUCUGCAAUGCCUUCAAUGAAAUGAAAUAAAAUCCUUUGCCAUUCUUCACCUUAAUUCCCUUAAGCAGGCUGUUGGAGAAAAAAAGGAAUUUUUUUUUUGCUUGAUGAAUGAGGUCCCCCCCCCCUCUUUUUUUUUUUUUGGUAAAGGGAGAGAGAAAGGGGACCAAGUUGAAAAUACUAUAUUAAAAAUACUUCAUUCUUGUGAUCUUAGAGUCACUAAAAGAAAUUGCUAAGGAAACUUGGAGAAACUUAAUUUACGGUAGAGAACUCUCCGAUGUGAGAAGAGGAACUUUUAAAUACCCAUUUUUUUUUGUUAACUUAUCUACUCCCUGUUUAAAGCAAUAUAGAGCUGAAAUACUAGAACAAAGCUCAAAAACACUAGUUUCUUUUUAAUAUAUAUAUAUAUAUAUAUUUCUGUUUAAAUUUUUACUAGGUCUUGAAACUUGUUUUCUAUUGCCCAGGAGGAUACUAUUCUGGACCUAGCAUAGGACAUCAGGAUGAUGUAUAUCUGUAAAGAGCAAAAAGCCAGUCACUCUCAAUAGCCAGACGUUCCAAAUGUUUAGAUGCUAAGAAUUCUCUCAGUGGGCAGGCCCCUGGAAAGGACAGCAAACUCGAAACUGGACAUUUUUUUUGGGGUUGUUGUUACUGUUAGAGUGAAGUGGACAGAACUUGCUGGGAGCAAGAAAUGAGGGAAAUGCACAUCCAUUAUUUUCCCCAUUUAACACUGGAACCUUCAUUCAGUAUUUUUAGGGGAUCCCAAGACGAGAAUAGUCAAAAUGGUAGCAUUUCUAAAAAGCAGACCUUUCUGCCCCUAAGCAAAUACCACUCUUGAUGGUGACAAUGUACAGAACUUUAUAGCAGCAGAUUCUUGGCUAAGUUUUCCUUACUAAAGAGUAUUUAGAAUUCCCCAACGUGAGCUGAAUUCCAAGAAUGGAAUCCCAGUGUAGCUGCCCCUUCCCCUAAAGAGAAAUCAAAACCUUUCUCUGCCUACUUUCUCCAUGCUUUUCCUUCUUAAGAAAGCAGAUAGGAUGUCCUGAAAAAUGUGUUUGUGGCUCAGGCAUUCAGUGGAGACUUUGCACAUUUACACAUGUAAACGGAAAGUCCAGAAUUAGCCUAACUUGUUAGUUUAAUCCUUUCCUUAGUUGAGAUUUUAGAAUAUCAGCAAAGCUGACCAAAGCACAAAAACCGUGGCACUCCCUGUUCCAGGAAUAAUGGAGAUGCCGCUUUGCUUGUUCCUCCCCAUGGAGACGACGAUCAGGACUGCUAUUUGGAGGAGGUGCUCCUUACACUCCUAUCAACACUUUUAUUCAUUUUUGUUGCAUUGAUUUGCAUUUUGCUGGGCGUUAAACACUAACUUUUUGCCUUACUUUGUUUAUACUGUGUAUUAGGUUUGCCUGCCCCUUUGAGAUCAGCCUUUCUCCCACUCUCGGAUUGUGACUCUGUUGCGUGUGUACAGGUAUUUGUUCUGUUCGUCUGAUGGAGGACUUUUAAAAUGCAAAAAAAAAAAAAAAAUUAAACGACAGUGAAAAAUCA